AAAACUCGAAUUUCACUUUUAUUUUCUUUAUUAUUCCAACUGCUCUCAAAACAAUCUCACAUGGAGCAGUUUCACCUUCUGUUUCUCAUCACAUCAUUUGAUUCACACAAAUCUACAAGUGUGUCAAAGUUGGAAUUUUGCUAUCACUUUUAUUUUUUUGCAAAAUUAACAGAAACAAAAAUCAAAAGUCGACAAGAGGCAUAUUUUCUUCAUGGAGGCCAUGGAUGGAAACUUGCAAGAGAAUCUGCUGAAUCCAAGAGCAGAAUCAGACGUGGAUUUGAAGGAAGAAAUCAUUCAAGAAUCGAAGAAAAUAUGGCGAGUGGCAUUGCCUAGCAUUAUCUCAAGAGUCACUUCAUUUGGGAGCCUCGUUGUCACGCAAUCUUUCAUCGGACACAUCAACUCCACCGAUCUUGCCGGUUAUGCUCUUGUCCAAACCCUAACCGUCCGAUUCGUCAACGGAAUAGUGAUCGGGAUGUCGAGCGCGACGGAAACCCUAUGCGGGCAAGCCUACGGCGCGAAGCAGCACCACAUGAUGGGCGUGUUCCUGCAACGCUCGUGGCUCGUGGAUCUCGCGACACUGACCCUGCUCCUCCCCGUCUUCGUCUCGGCGGCGCCCAUUUUCCGGGCGGUGGGGGAGGAGCCCGCCAUCGCGGCUUCGGCGGGGUACAUCUCCCUGUGGUUCAUCCCGUUCCUCUACAGCAUCGUCUUCGCCGCCACCAUCCAGAUGUUCCUGCAGGCGCAGCAGCGGAACGCCGUGGUGGCGUGGCUGUCGGCGGCGCAGCUGGCGGUGCACGUGCCGGUGUCGUGGGUGCUGGUGAGCGUGAUGGGGUUCGGGGUGGGCGGCGCGAUGUGUGCGCUGUGUGUGUCGGCGUGGGUGGUGGUGGCGGGGGAGUUCGUCUACGUGUUUGGAGGCUGGUGCGAGGAGUCGUGGAGAGGAUUCACCAUGGCUGCGUUUCACGACAUUCUUCCCGUCGUCAAGCUCUCUAUCUCAUCCGGCAUCAUGGUCUGUUUGGAGCUAUGGUACUACGCCAUUCUGGUCUUGCUAGCCGGCUACAUGAAAAACGCCAGAGUUGCAAUCUCUGCCUUCUCUAUAUGCCUGAACGUGGGCGCGUGGGAGUUCAUGAUCUGCCUGGGCAUGAUGGGUGCUGCAAUUGUGAGGGUGGCGAACGAGCUCGGCAGAGGCGACGCGGCCGCAACGAGGUUCGCCAUCAAGGUGGUGAUGGCCACAUCGGUGGCGAUAGGGGCGGUUUUCUGGAUCCUCUGCUUGAUUUUUGGCCGGAAACUCGGCUACUUGUUCACCGGUGACGAGGAGGUUGCACUGGCCGUUGCCGACCUCUCUCUUCUGCUUGCCUUCUCCAUCUUGCUCAACGGCAUAUAUCCUGUGCUUUCAGGUGUUGCAGUUGGAGCAGGGCUGCAGGGCAGAGUUGCGAUUAUCAAUUUAGUUUGUUUUUAUGCUAUUGGAUUGCCUAUUGGAGCUGUGCUUGGAUAUGUCAUUCAUCUCCAAGCAAAGGGGAUAUGGAUUGGAAUGAUGAGUGGCAUCGUCACGCAAACUGUCGCACUUAGUUACAUGAUCUGGAAAAUAAAUUGGGAUCAAGAGGUUUUGAUAGCUUCGGCGCGUCUCAGGAGAUGGUACUUAAAAUCUGGGGAAGAAAAUCAACAACAGAUUUGUGAUCAUUCUUAGGCAUCCAAGGCAGAAAUAACUAGCAAUAAUUAAGGCUAUCAACAACUUGUUGUCAUGCAAGAUGCUAUAGUGUUGAUGAUGCUAUUUCAUUUUCUAUUUCAAACCAUGUGUCGAGGUAGAAAAUAUUUCAUAUUUGCUACUUUAUUUGUUGUUGACUUGUUAUGGAUAGUGAUUAGGGAGGUUUCUUAAUUUGAGUUUUGUUAUUUAAAGGUUAUAAUUGAGUUGAGCUUGAGUUAGACUAAUUCAUGUAAAUAAAUAAAAUAUUUAAGCUCACUCAAGCCUUUAAUUUUAUAACUUACAAUUCAAAGCUCACUCAACAAAAUUAUAGUACUAUA